AUGACAAUGAUGAUAUCAAAUCUUCCAAGAGAUUUGGUGGAAGAGAUCCUCUCUAGGGUUCCAUUGCUUUCUAUGAAAGCAGUACGACAUACUUGCAGAAACUGGAACGUUCUUACCAAAAACCAUAGCUUUGCAAUUAUGCACAUUGGCAAAGCAGCAGCAAGAGAAAAGGAUUUUCUGAUGAUCACGGAGGAUUGUGGGGUGGAUUUGGUUAGCAUCAAUCUCCAUGGAAUCGGCAACAACGUUGAUCUAUCCAUAAAGCGUAAAGGUACACUUGUUAGCCAAGAAAACUCAGCUAAAGUAUUGAAUAUAUCUCAUGUGUUCAACUGCAACGGUUUAUUGGCAUUGCUAAGCUCGGAUACUGAACUAGUGGUUUGGAACCCUUAUUGGGGAAAAACAAGAUGUAUCAAACUCGGUAAUAAUAUCCAGAUACCAUUCAGUUUUGCUUUAGGAUACGACAAGUCCAGCGGUAGCCACAUGAUCUUUAAGAUUUUCAAUCACGGCGUGGAAAUCUACGAUUUGAAGUCAAACUCUAAUUCAUGGAAGGUUCUUGAUGACGCUCUUGAUAGGGAUAUAAAACUGUUGGCUAAACCAGGUGUGUCUUUAAAAGGAAAUACUUACUGGUUUGCUAUAGAUAACGACCAAGAAGGAUUUAGUAUUAUUACCCUAGUCUGUUUUGAUUUUACAAGAAAAAGAUUUGGACCGCGUCUGCCUCUACCUUUUCAUUGUGAGCAUGCUGCUUAUGUUUCUCUAGCUACGGUUAGAGAAGAGAAGCUUGCUGUAUCAUCACAUCGGUGGAAUGACUUUAAGAUUGAGAUAUGGGUUACGAGUAAGAUUGAGCCCGAUGCGGUGUCGUGGAGCUGCUUCUUGAAAUUUGAAAUAAUGCUACUCUUCGAUCGGUUUAAAGUUGAGAAUUUCUUUAUUGACGAGGAGAAGAAGGUCGCUGUGGUUUUUUAUGAAACCUACUCGAAGUUUAAAUCUUGCUGCAUCAUUGGAGAGAAAGCUUUUCUCAGAAGUGUGUAUCUCACAAACUCUACAGACAUACAACUUUGCCGGUUAGUAAGCUCUUAUGUUCCAACUCCUGUGCAAUUAGUCUAA